AUGGGCAGAAAAAAAAAUCAUAAUCGGUGGAGAAAAUUGUAAUUAAUUAAUAAUGUUGAAGAAAGAGGAGAUUCCUGGGGAGGCGACCCACACCGGCACCGCCGUAGUUGAGACCGCCGCCGCCGUUGUACAACGCUUCCGCCCUAUCAAUCAAAUCCACCAGCACCUCUGCGCGUUUCAUUUCUACUCCCAUGACAUGACAAGGCAAUUGGAAGCGCACCACUUCUGUGCGCACCUGAAUGAAGAGGUUCGACAGUGUCUAAUCUUCGACAGCCCGGAGAAAGAUGCCAGACUUAUAGGGAUUGAGUACAUUGUAACAGAGAAUCUCUUCUUAACAUUGCCCGACGACGAGAAGCGUCUUUGGCACUCGCAUGAGUAUGAAGUCAAGAGUGGGACUCUAUUCCUCCCCGGUGUCCCGGGCCCAAUUGAGCGCCUUGACUUGGACAAGGUCUGCAAGACCUAUGGCAAAGUUUUCCAUUUCUGGCAGGUGGAUCGAGGCGACACUCUACCACUUGGCAUCCCGCAGCUAAUGAUGGCGCUAACUCGAGAUGGGCAGCUGGAUGGGUCUCUACAACAAAAGGUUGAGAAGCGUUAUGGGGUCUCGUUUGAAGGGGAGAGGAAGAAAAGGGAGUACAUGUCGGGGCCUGCCCAUGGUGUCCAUCCGAUGGCAAACGGUGGUGGGGAAGGCUUAAAGACAGAACUCCGAGAGACGAUGAUACCUUCGGCAGCUUCAAUUCCAAGAGUCUUUGUUUGAUGAGAGGUGAUAUAUUGUGGUGGUUAUGAAAGUUGGAUGUAUAUAUAUGUGUGUGUGUUUACUUUUCUCUAAGCAUGUGUGUGAUUAUUUUAUUUAUGUGAAGUACUUGGCUUUAAAUUAUAAAUGAAGGACUAAAAGUGUUCUUUACUACAA